AUGACAUUCGUUCGCUCACAUGUCUAUACGUCUCGAAGAGUUGCAAAAGUUUCCAUCUGUAGGGAAGCUUUGAAGAAGCUAAAGAAUGAAUUCCCAAACUGGAUCGUGCCCGAACGACCCAAAGAUUCAAUUUCACCACCUGGCUGGGACUGGGUAGAAACGCUACAUGAAUACUGCGUGCAUCAAGGUCUUCCCGAGCCGAAAUACACGAAGUAUGUUCAUCACAAAGGAUACCGCCACGAGGUAGAAGUGGACGGCGGUACAUACUUUGGUUCGCUCAAGUACUACUCGCAGGAGCUGCAGUCAAAACAGGGCGCAGCACAUGUAGCCCUCUAUGAUGUGCUUGUGAGAGAUGACAGGGAUGGAGUCGAAACAGGGGGCCUUCCAAACUUGAGGAACUCCAACGAAGCUUUACUGGCCGUUAUUCCCCGAGACCCGCGCCAUAUAUCCACGGGAUGGGUUGGGUCUAGGGGGGAUCUGAGCCCGGAACAGUUCAAUGAGACUCCGUUGGCCGUGGCUCCUCAAAAUCCCUAUAGUCCGCCGACUGAACCACGUGUGUCAUCAAAAUUUCUUUUUGAUGAGCACGAAGAGUCGAGAAGAGUAAAAAGACAUGGCGGUAGAAGCAAACCGCCAAUUAAUUCUUCCCGGGCGUGCAAACCAACUCCAGGAAACGCCAACUUACAGCCACUUGAAAACUGCCGAUUGGCGGCGACCCAAAGCUUUAGCACCACUCGGAACGCAGUGCAUGAAGCAUGUGCUUGGAAGGUCUGUGAUUAUUUGAUUGACAUGGUCAAGGAAGACAUGAUGCUGGAGCAGAAGGCGGCCAAAGAGCGAGAGGCAAUCACCAUGUGGGGUGAAACGGCUGCGAGGUAA